CGCCCACCCCAUACGACAGAGGCCAGAAACAGACAAAAGGCGCCCAGGAUCAGAAAACUUGCCAACAUUCCCAAAUCAGGCUUCCGUUGUUUUGCCAUCACAUCCUUUGAAGCUGGGAUUCCGGCGUUUAGAAAGAACAAACUGCAAGACCAAAAAAAAUCGCCUCUAUAAAUCUGACAUUUGCGCGCAUAAAAGAUACAAUAGAGAGAGAGAGGUCACAAGAGGCAAAUUAAAACACACAACACCAAGAACUGAGCAAACGUGCCUCUCACAUCUCACACCAUGUCGAACCUCCCCUCGCAGCAUCCCACCCUCUCCCUGCACCUCACCGACCUCACCCUCAUCCCGCUCAUCACGUCGUCGUCGUCGCAAAGCCACCUCGAGUCCCUCACCAAACUCACCUCCAGCGCCAUCACCUCCCAGACCACCGCCCAGCGCGCCAACCUCGGCCGCCCGCAGCGCAUCAUGGUCGAGUACCCGGACUCGGGCGCCGUCGUCCUGCAGUCCUAUCUCGACCCCCGGGAAUCCGGCGGUGGCGGCGCCGAUCACAUCUCCGAGCCGGACUCGUUUUCAAAAUACAAGUACAAGGACGAGCACUCGCACGAGCACAUGGCCGACGACGAUGACAGCAGCAGCAGCACUCGCACGCCUGACACGGCACGACCCGCUACCGCUGACGACUCCGUGGCGCCCACGUUGAUCAGCGUCGUCGUCGCUGCCACAUCGGACGAUGCGAAAGAGGCGAGGCGCGCUGCGGCGAGGCUGGAGCGUAUUGGUCGAGAGUUUCAGAGGGAGUGGACGGCGCAGGGGCUGGAGCAAGAUGCUGAUGGGGGGAGCAGCAACCACGAGUGACCUUGAACAAAUUAAAAAAAGAAAACAAAACAAAGAAAAGAAAUGACUCGAAAGAAAGCAUCAUCGAGUGGGCAUACUGCGGCCAUACAACGCCCAGCGUCCCCAUUCGAAAAGCUUCGACGGCCGAACCAGGCGGCGUCGUGGCUUUAGACGGCACACAGAAUGAUGAAUGGAAACGGAAACGAAACAAGAGGCACCUUGAGCGAUAUAAUACAGGAAAGCAGCAUUUUUUGUUAGAGCGAGGCGCAUAAAGAUGAGCAUACACAAGCUAAUGAGAAGAACUGGUACUAGUAGCCUGUUUUUUUCUUUUCUUCUUCUUUUUUGUUUAUCCCCUUUUUACCGUCGCACAGAAUCAGCUGGAGGGGGGUGGGUAAUACAAUGCAAAAGAACUUGAAGUUGGCAUGUUGGCUCUAAUGGCGUUUAAAAAGAAAGCGUCUGUAUAAUUUGGUGGACCAAGUCUUUUAUUUUAGCUCUCAAGAUCAUAAGUUUUUUUUUUUUUGACUUCAUGUUAAAUCUCAAUUUUCCUUUUUCUUUUUUUUUUUAAUAUUCAUCUAUUGUUUUUAUUUUACUGUAUUAAAGAAUAAGAAAAUAAAUAAAACUUCAACAUUUCCUAU